UUCCUGUGGGACUCUGCCUUUCCUGCUUCCCAAGAGCCCAGGCGCAGGGGCCGCGAGCUGCCACCGUUUGUACCAACUGCCAUCACUGUGGCAAAGCCAGCGGCCACACCAUGCUGCCUUUGUUCCUGGUCCUCUCAUGCCUGGGCCAACUGAUCAUUGCGGACCAGGAGUCUGAAACACCACUUCUGCAGAUCACAGUGCCACAGAAAAUCGAGAACAACAACAUCAAGGAUGACAAGGCGGCAGAAACGCACGUCACUUACUUGGUCAGAAUUGAGGGCAAAACAUACACAUUCCAGCUUGAAAAACAGUCAUUUUUACAUCCACGUUUUAUGGCAUAUUCAUAUACCAAGUUAGGAACAUUGCAAAGGGACUUUUCUUUAGUAAAGGGUCAUUGCUUUUAUCAAGGACACGCUGCUGAGAUCCCAGCAUCAACUGUGACCCUCAGCAUUUGCUCAGGUCUCAGGGGCUUGUUACAGUUAGAGAAUAUCACUUAUGGAAUUGAGCCAUUAGAGUCUUCAGCUACAUUUGAACACAUGAUUUAUCAAAUAAAGAAUAACAAAAUUGAUUAUUCCCCCUUAAAAGAAAACUUAAAUCCCCAGCAUGAAAGUCAGUCCUACCGAAUUCUUGUAAAACCAGAGAAAGCUUCAAAUAUGUCACUAAUGAAGAGGACUCUACUUGUGAAGAUCAUCAUGGAUAAAGCCAUGUUUGACCAUAUGGGCUCCAAGAUGGAAAUUGCGAUUCAGAAAGUUGUUAAUAUCUUUGGUCUCAUUAACACCAUGUUUUCCCAGCUGAAGGUGACUGUGAUGUUAACCUCUGUAGAGAUCUGGUCAGACCAAAACAAGAUUGAAACAAGUGGGGAUGCUGAUGAAGUUCUGCAAAGGUUUCUACUGUGGAAACAAAACCAAACACUGGAAAGAACAAAGGUUAUCACAUAUUUACUCCUGUAUAAGGAUGACCCUGAUUAUGUGGGAGCAACAUAUCAUGGGAUGGCCUGCAACCCAAAGUUUACAGCAGGAAUCGCUCUGCACCCAAAGACUUUAACCAUGGAGGGCUUUGCUGCUGUCCUGUCUCAGCUGCUAGGGAUUAACCUGGGGUUAACAUAUGAUGAUGUCUACAACUGCUUCUGUCCUGGAAGCACAUGCAUAAUGAACCCUUCAGCAAUACGUUCCCAGGGCAUAAAGGUUUUUAGCAGUUGCAGCAUGGAUGCAUUCAAACAGCUGGCUUCACAGCCUGACCUAGACUGCCUCAAGAAGAAACCAGAGUCAGAGUUUAUCGCUCUAAACCAAACCAAAUUGCUGUGUGGCAACAACAAAUUGGAGGCUCCAGAGGAGUGUGACUGUGGCCCACCAGAGCACUGUACCCAUCCAAAUUGCUGUAACCCCGAGGAUUGUACUCUGUUAAAGUCUUCGAAGUGUGGAACAGGGCCAUGCUGUGACAAAAGGUCAUGCAAGAUAGCCGAAAGGGGGCGCCCUUGUAGAAGAAGUAAAGACCUGUGUGACUUCCCUGAGUUCUGCAAUGGAUUAUCUGAAUACUGCGUGCCAGACACAAAAGCUGCUGAUUUAGAACCCUGCAACAACAGGACUGCCUAUUGCUAUGGUGGGAUUUGCCGAGACCUGGAUAGGCAGUGCAUGGAUUUAUUUGGAAAACAUGCUAAGGGUCCUAAUUACUUGUGCAUGCAAGAAGUGAAUAAUCAAAAUGACAAAUUCGGAAACUGUCAUGGACGCUGUAAUUACAGUGCUUUGCUUUGUGGGAAAGUGGCUUGCUAUUGGAACCACGUAGAAAUCAUUCAAACAAAAAAAUAUGAUCUCCAGUAUACUUACAUUGGAGGCCAGGUGUGUGUGUCCGCACACUUAAGAAACACUAAGGAAAUUGAUGAAAGCUAUGUACAUGAUGGUACCAUUUGUGGUAGUGGCAAGGCUUGUAUCCGAGGGCAGUGCUUGCGUGUGCAUGCCUACAGAGGAACUUUAGCGUGUGACUCCGAUGAUAAGUGCCAAGGACAAGGGAUUUGCAACAAUCUAAAUAACUGCCACUGUGAAGCUGGCUUUGCCCCUCCAGAGUGCGACAUGACACCUUCAUCUCCAGGAGGGAGCCUGGACGAUGGAUUUUGGCUGCCCAUGGAUAGAAGCACACCUUUGGUUGUCCAGCAACGUGGUACUCGCUUUAAAAAGGGACUUCUGAUCAGUUUCUAUGUUUUUCUACCUUUCCUCAUCAUGUUUGCCAUCUUUGUUGUUAAACGGAAUAUCACAAAGGGAUUCUGGCAGAAGGAAGAGGCUGUAAGUGGAGGAUUACCAAACUCCUAUCCAUGCUCACAACCUUUUAGGACAUACUCUCCAGACGGAGCAGUAAAGAAGUUUGCAAAAAUUGCCUAA